UACAUAUACGUUGUAGCAUAGCAUGGCACUCCCUGGAUGGAUCAUGGAGAGCACAUUGAUUGGACCGCCCUUUUUAGUUUUAUAAAAAUAAUUUCUCACAGUGACAGACGGUACUAGGUACAUCUAUCCAAAUUAAAUUACAUGAUGGCUCAAAUUAUUAUGGAAUACAUUCAAAGAUGGGAUCAAUUAGUUGAAGAAUAUAAAGAUCCACGGGCCGAUGGCUGGUUAUUGAUGGACAGCGCCUGGCCCGGUUCCUUCAUGGUCCUGGCCUAUCUCGUCAUCGUAUGGGUAGGACCCAAGCUGAUGGAGAAACGACAACCCUUCCAACUCCGAGAGGUCCUUAUUGUUUACAACUUUGCAAUGGUGCUACUAUCUCUGUACAUGGUGGUUCAGUUUGGUCGUGGUGGCUGGCUGAACGGCUACACAUUAGGCUGUCAACUCGUGGAUUACAGCAACAGUCCAAAGGCAAUGAUAAUGUUGAAAGUCUGUUGGUGGUUUUACUUCUCCAAAUUCAUUGAGAUGUGGGACACGUUCUUCUUUAUACUUCGGAAGAAGAAGUCCCAGAUCUCGUUUCUGCAUGUCUUUCAUCACUCCAUCAUGCCUUUCACCUGGUGGGUCGGAGUCCGAUUCAGUGGAGGCGGACUUGGAACGUUCCACGCUUUCUUGAACAGUUUCAUCCACUUCUUGAUGUACACCUACUACGGCCUUGCAGCGUUUGGCCCUAAGAUGCAGAAGUACCUCUGGUGGAAGAAAUACAUGACCAAGAUGCAGCUGAUCCAAUUUACAGUGGUGUUAAUACACUUAAGCCAGCUACUGUUCAUUGACUGCGCGUACCCCAGCAUCUUUGUGUGGAUCGUAGGGAGCUACGGAUUCGCCUUCCUCGUCCUCUUCCUCAACUUCUACAUGCAAGCCUACAUCCGCAAGGGCCAAAUGGCAGCAUCCCAACCCCCAAGGGCAAGGUCUCCCAGAAUGGUGAAUCCAAGGUCGCGUCCAACGGUGCGACCAACGGUGCGUCCAAUGGCGAUGCCAGAAACGGCACCAAGACGGAUUCCAACAGCAACGGCUAUCAUAAAUUGGAUUGAUGUUUGCUUUGAGUUAGUUUUAGGGGUGCAGGACAUUAGUUGACUUGUAGGCCAAGAGAUCAGGAGACUGAUGGAUAUGGGCCCAGUCUUAUAAAGAUUUGUGAUUGAUUCUUAUCAACUAGGUGUCGUGGCGUGCGCCUGUAAUCCAGCUAGCAAUUGAAGGUACAAACUGAUUCAGCAAAGGACGCAGGUUCGAAAUUGAGUCACGUCUUUCGUAUGGUGAUGUUUAAAGGUUGGUCCCCAGACGGAAAUAAUCAUAUCUGAUUGAUACACGUCUGU